AUGCCAUUUCGAGCCGCUCGAGACGCCUCCGUCUUUGCGUUGUGGAAUCUCAUCAUUCGCCCGCCGAGACGGGAAUAUAGUGACAGCUCUCUGGGACCGAGGAAGUUCAAAUUGCAUGGUAACGGUAUCACUUGCCAACGAGAAGAUUUCACAGUGACUUCUGUGAGGGGUCACAGUUUGAAGUGCUCCCUGUUCGUCCCGAGAGGCUUGAGGGCCGAUGACGUGUCCUAUCCGUGUGUUAUCUACAUGCAUGGCAACGCUGGGUGUAGGUUGGAAGCCUUACCAUUAGUUCCUAUUCUAUUACCAUUGGGUGUCAGUCUAUGUUGUUUUGACUUUGCUGGUUGCGGUCUCUCCGAGGGCGAGUAUGUGUCAUUGGGGUACUUCGAAACGGAGGAUCUACGUACUGUCGUGGAGCACAUUAGAAGGCUACCCAGUGUGGGGGUUGUGGCGCUGUGGGGCAGAUCUAUGGGAGCAGUAACAGCGUUGUUGUAUGCGGCUAAGCAUCACGACUUGGCUGGUAUGGUCGUGGAUUCGCCGUUUGCUAACCUACCUCAGCUCGUACAGGAGCUGGCGGUGUCGGACUAUAUACCAUCAUGGCUAUUGAGUGGCAUAUUAUCGGUGGCAUCGAUGGUGGUGAAGCAGAAGGCGGAUUUCCUUAUGCAGGACGUGUCGCCGAUUGACUGUGUGGGCGAGGCGUACCUGCCUUGUAUCUUCUUGUGCGCAACCUCGGAUACGUUUGUCCCUCCCCAGCAUUCGGAGCGGUUGUAUGAAGCGUAUGGGGGAGAGGAUAAGGUGAUGAUACAACUGGUAGGAGAACAUAACACCCCGAGGAGAUUGGAAGAUAUGAAGCAUGCUGUGACAUAUCUUUGCACGUGA